CCAGUACACAAGUGUUGGUGGUCUGCAAAGCUCAGGUGUGUUUCGUUAGGCUCGCAUAGUGCUUGACAGUCUACGCGGUGGUGACGGCAACUGUACCAGUCUCGAAGAAUCAACACAUUAUCGACUGGAGAUCAGGAAAGUUUCGACAAAGCGAAUCAAUCAAACUAGGCAACCGGUGGAUUAAACAGGCCGUAUUAGAUUACUUUAUCAAAGGAGCGUAUGGCGGCUGGAAAGGCAGUUGUGCUACACGCUGAAAUGGACUUUGACGUUCAGGAGGAUGCAAUAACUGUGGCCAGUGAGGCAUUACUGCAGUGUAAAUCUGUUCAAGAAGUCCCAGAAUACAUAAAGAAGUUUUUCGAUGACAAAUAUGAGCCAUCUUGGCAUUGCAUUGUAGGAAAGAAUUUUUGCAGUCACUUCACUCACGAAACCGACAAGUUCAUAUUCUUCCGAAUUCGGGGAAGAGAUGUGCUCCUUUACAAAACACCCAGCUGACCUAUACCCUGGAAAAUGUUGUCGAGGAUGCUCAUACAACUCUGUUGCAUGUGGAUUGCUUAAAUAGAAAUCUAUCGGUCA